GAGAGAAAGAGAGAGUCUCCUCCCACAGAUCCUCCAAUAUCAUUGUUUGUCAACAACACUGUGCUGCAGCUGGACAUCUUGUGUAACCAUUGUUGACACGCGUGUUUUCUUCGACAAAGUACGAGGUAAAACAAACAGCCAAUCUUUUAUAACCGAGGACAGACCGUGUAUCGGUCUCUUUUGAGUUUAGAGACUCAGCGGUGCAAACAUGACCGCCGGUGGAUUCAGCUCGUCGGGGAUCUUGUGGCUGGCUUUGGCCGCCGUUGUUGGGUCGGUCCUCGGGCUAAGUGAGGACCUCGAUCGGCCUCUCUUUGGGCCUCCUGGCUCUCCCAUCCGCCUGCAUGACUCCGACCCGGGGCUGAAGAAGGCUUUGGACUUCGCCGAGGAGCGCUACAACCGGGGCUCCAACGCGAUGCAUCUGCGCAAAGUCAGCCGGCUUAUCUCCGCCACCAAGCAGCUGGUCAAAGGUAUCCGCUACACCAUAACUGUGGAAGUGAGCAACACUCAAUGCAAGAAAUCCACCAUGCUCAGGACAUGUGACUUCUAUCCCGAGUCACAGAAACUCAAGACCGAGCUCUGUGUGUUUGAAGUUUGGGACGUUCCCUGGCAAGGCACUUCAACUCUGCUCAAACAGAAAUGCCAGCCUAAAGUUGAACUUGAACAAUACGAGACCACCAAAGUCACGGAUGCAUCUACUAACCAGCUUCAGGAGCCGGAGUCUGUGGAGCUGAUUGGAAAGUUCAAAGAGUUCAUGGUGAGAUACAAGAAAGACUACAGCAGUCAGGAGGAGGCAGACCGUCGUCUGCGUAUCUUCCAUGAAAACUUAAAGACGGCAGAGAAGCUUCAGUCAUUGGAUCAAGGGUCAGCUGAGUAUGGAGUCACCAAGUUCAGUGACCUAACAGAGGAAGAGUUUCGCUCCACCUACUUAAACCAGCUUCUGAGUCAAUGGACACUUCAUCAACCAAUGAAACAGGCCUCCCCUGCCCGAAGCCCCGCCCCUGCCAGCUGGGAUUGGAGGGAUCAUGGAGCUGUUAACGUUGUUAAGAACCAGGGUAUGUGUGGAUCCUGCUGGGCGUUUUCAGUGACAGGUAACAUUGAAGGCCAGUGGUUCCUUAAAAACGGGUCCUUGCUGUCUCUGUCUGAACAAGAGCUGGUUGACUGUGAUGGGCUGGACCAGGCAUGCAAAGGGGGGUUGCCUUCAAAUGCUUAUGAAGCAAUCGAGAAGCUGGGCGGUCUGGAGACUGAGACUGACUACUCCUACACCGGACACAAACAGAAGUGUGACUUUACCAACAGGAAGGUGGCGGCCUACAUCAACAGCUCUUUGGAGCUCUCCAAAGACGAGGAGGAAAUUGCAGCCUGGCUGGCUGAGAACGGACCGAUCUCUGUUGCACUCAAUGCCUUUGCCAUGCAGUUCUACAGGAAAGGUGUGUCUCACCCUUUGAAGAUUUUCUGCAACCCCUGGAUGAUUGACCAUGCUGUGCUGAUGGUGGGAUACGGAGAACGUAAAGGUGUUCCAUUCUGGGCCAUCAAAAACAGCUGGGGAGAGGAUUAUGGAGAGCAGGGUUACUACUACCUGUACAGAGGGUCCAACGCAUGUGGGAUCAACAAGAUGUGCUCAUCUGCUGUUGUCAACUAAACAGCUAGCCCUGCAUAUUGACAUGCACAGACACUCAAACAAACAAAAACAGUUGCACUAAAAGUGGACCCUACUAUUUUACUACUUGCACAUGUUUGAUCCAGACUGCAUGGUGAUCAAAGUCAAACAGACAACGUUCUAUUGAUUUCCCUUUUUUUAAACUAUAAUAUCAUCGUGUCAUUCACUGGAAACACACCAUUUCUAAUAAAACUAGAAUCGCUCAAGAAAUGUACGUUGAUUAAUAUUUAUAUUGAUUUUAAGUUGAUUUUACCUUUUCAUUCCAUUCCACUAACCCGACAGGUCAUAAUGGUGGCAGUGUAUUGGUUUUACCUCAUCUUUCCAUGACAGUAGCUUAGCCAGUGUUUGAAGCUUCUGUGAGGAUCUUUGUGUUGCUUCUGGCGCCCCCUGUGGAGAAAGAUCCUUUUAUCUCUUUGCUGAUCUUGUCCUGUGCAUGUGUAGCUUGUGAUUUCUGACAAAAUUAUCUCAUCCUGCUGUGUUGAACAGUCAAACAUUCACUCACUGUGAAUAUUUGCUGUGUAAAAUAGUUAAAUGUCAGUCUUGCUGCCGAUGGUCUUGCCUGCUUUUGUUGGUCAUAAGGAGACAUCACUGUUCGGUUCAGUUUGAACUCAUCACAGGAGCUUUAAUAAAGAUCCUGCUCUGACUGUGGUUACACUUCUUUCUUGUCAGUUUUCUGUUCAUGCUUUAUAGUGUUUCGAGUGUUCCUGAUUGAUUGUGGUUUGACCUUUUAUUUUAUUGUUUCGCAUUACUACAUGACUGCAAUGCAACUGUAAAGACUGCUGUUAAACAAUUAGAAACACAUUUCAGGUUGAAUAAAAAAACAUCAGGAAUUGAA